UUGGACUAAUGAUUCUUUCUAACUAGUAUAAAGGGUAUCAAGUUGCACUCAUUUCCUUAGCUCCCAAACUUCCUAACUAGAUAGAUCAGAUCUGGAUCUCUCUGCACCACUCAUUGCCUUCUCUAGAAACAUGUCAACUUUCUUGAUAAGGAUACUUCUUCCUUUGCUUAUCAUAGCAAUGACUCUUCCUCGACGUUCAGAGGCAGAGUCGGAACAAUGGUGCAUAGCGGAUGAACAAACGCCAGACGAUGAGUUGCAAGCAGCCUUAGACUGGGCUUGCGGAAAAGGUGGAGCAGACUGCAGCAAAAUGCAGCAGGAAAACCAGCCUUGCUUCUUGCCUAACACAAUCAGAGAUCAUGCCUCCUUUGCUUUCAACAGUUACUACCAAACUUAUAAAAACAAAGGUGGUUCUUGUUACUUCAAAGGAGCUGCCAUGAUCACUGAGCUUGACCCCAGCCAUGGUUCUUGCCAGUAUGAGUAUAACCCCUGAUUCAAACGACACAGCAAAGACAAGAUACAGCAAGAUGAAAAGCUAUGAUUUUGCAUUUAUACGUUUUCUCUAUGUAAUGUUUUCAUUCCAAAGCAGUAUCCAUGUACUGUUCUCCCAUUACACUCCAGUCUGAGAUAAAAAUUUCUUCAACAACCUGCUUUUACUGUGCAUUGAGAUUUUCUACAGUAUCGAAUAUACAUCAAUCUGGUACUAUUGCUCAAUCUAGAGUACUUAACAUGUAGUCACAGACUCGCAGUAAU